CACCGUCUCUCUUUCUCUCUCCGCAGACAAACAAAGAAAGCAUUGCAAUUUGCAGACUCAUUCAUUAUUAUUUGUACCCAUCUCCUCUAUCUUAACCCAAAAAAAAUGUCUACGGAAGAUAAAAGGUGAAGGAAGGAAGAGAAGAUCUUCUCCAUCGGAUAUUCAGACAAGCCCACCUCCAAGUAUUGUUCCUGUCUGAAGAAGAAAAUGGGAAGCAAAUGGCGAAGAGCAAAGGUAGCUUUAGGUGUAAAUCUGUGCCUUUACGUUCCCAAAACGCUCGAGGAGUCAAGAACAUCCGACGACGCCGUUUCGCUUUCUCCGGUAACGGUUCCAAGACCCACGACUCCGGUUCCUUCCUCCUCUGGUCUUCGAUUGCCUCGCUCUUUUAGCAAAUCCUCAUCAAAGAAAACGUGUGCGAUAUGUUUGACGGCGAUGAAAGCUGGACAAGGCCACGCAAUCUUCACAGCGGAAUGCUCUCACUCGUUUCAUUUCCACUGCAUCACCACCAACGUCAAACACGGCAACCAGAUAUGUCCCGUCUGUCGCGCCAAAUGGAACGAGGUCCCUCUCCAGAGCACUAAUCCUAAGUCCAAGUCCCCUGUAGCUAGUAGACCAAGAGAUGAUGCUUGGAUGAUGACAAUACCACCACCACGCAGGUCGUCUCAGAACCAGCCUUCUUCACGUCCCGAGCGUCUAAGGCCAGUCUCAUCGAUCUUCAACACCGAGCCAGCUGUUUUCAACGACGACGAUUCUCUGGAACAUCAGAACCUCCCCGCCGCUGAUGAGUCUGCUGCUUUGGAGAAGUCCAAACCUGUUGGUGUUACAGGGAAGAAGCUACAAGUCAAAACGUAUCCAGAGGUUUCAGAAGUGUUGAGAUCUGUUUCGUUUAAAGACUUUGCUGUGCUCAUCAAUCUAAAAGCUCCUUCCGCUGCUUCAAAGUCCUCUUCAACAAGCUCGUCAUCUUCUUCUUCUUGCAGAGCCCCCGUUGAUCUGGUCACGGUUCUUGACGUGAGUGGAAGCAUGGCUGGAACGAAGCUAGCGUUGCUGAAACGAGCGAUGGGGUUCGUGAUACAGAACCUCGGCCCCUUCGACCGUCUCUCCGUCAUAUCAUUCUCCUCAACAGCACGCCGUAACUUCCCUCUCCGUCUCAUGAACGAGACAGGUAAACAAGAGGCGUUACAAGCGGUUAACUCCUUGGUCUCGAACGGAGGGACUAACAUCGCAGAGGGUUUGAAGAAAGGCGCCAAGGUUUUGAUCGACCGUAGAUUCAAAAACUCGGUGUCGAGCAUCGUGCUGUUAUCAGACGGUCAAGACACGUACACCAUGACUAGUCCCACCAACGGUGGUGGUGGUCGAACUGAUUACAAAACGCUUCUUCCUAAAGAGAACCGUAUCCCGGUUCACGCCUUUGGGUUCGGUGCUGACCACGACGCUUCCUUGAUGCAUUCCAUCGCUGAGAACUCUGGAGGGACGUUCUCUUUCAUAGAGUCCGAGACGGUUAUACAAGACGCCUUCGCGCAGUGCAUUGGUGGUCUUCUCAGCGUGAUGGUGCAGGAGCUUUGCGUUAGGGUUGAGUGUGUUCAUCCUUUGUUAAAGAUUGGUUCGGUUAAAGCUGGAAGCUACCGGUUUGAUACCGGUAAGGAUUCGAGAACCGGAUCUAUUGGGGUUGGUGAUCUCUACGCUGAGGAGGAGAGGAACUUCUUGGUGAAUCUUGAUGUCCCUGUUGUCAAUGGGGUUUCAGAUCAUAUGUCUUUGAUCAAGGUUCGAUGCGUUUAUAGAGAUCCGGUGACGAAAGAGACUGUUGAUUUGAACACUUUCGGCGAAGUGAAGAUUCUCAGACCGGUGGUGAUGUCGGAAGGAGGAAGAAGUGUGGUGUCGGUUGAAGUCGACAGACAGAGGAUCAGGUUGCGUGCGGCGGAAGCAAUCUCCGAAGCUAGGGUUUUAGCUGAGCGGGGUGAGUUAACGGAAGCUGUUUCGGUUCUUGAGACUUGUCGUGGGGUUUUGUCGGGGACCGUGUCGGGACGAGCGGGAGAUCCGCUGUGUGUGUCGCUGUGCGCAGAGCUGAAGGAGACGCAGGAGAGGAUGGCGAGUCGACGAGUGUACGAGACUUCGGGGAGGGCUUACGUGCUCGCGGGGCUGAGCUCGCAUUCGUGGCAGAGAGCAACGGCGAGAGGGGACAUGAGUGAUGCUACGACGAUGAGUUACCAGACGCAGUCGAUGGUGGAUAUGGUGAAUCUUUCUCAGACCAUGAACUUUGGAUGCCCUUUGGCUAGUUCUAAAGCUAACUCGAGUUCGUGUCCGAAUGCUAAUCCACCGGCGGCUAGGAGGAAACUUCGGCAGGCUCUUACUUUUCCGGCGAGGCCAAGACCUAGGUGAUUGCUUGCUGGAAGAGAUUGUGAAUUUUUCAAAUGUUUUCUUUUCUUAGUAUGAUUUGUUUUGCAAUUGGGAGGGGGUAGUUUAUGCUUAAUUUCUCAAUUUUGGGGGUAUAAGUUGAAUGAUUAGCUUCUUGUGGGGUUUGAAACAAUGAACAAGAAAAUGGGAGUAUGGGACAAAUGUGGCUUAGGUAUAUAUAUAUAUUAUUGGCAUUUUUACCAA